UAUUAAACCGCGUUGGAGAGUUUCCUUCUUCCUUCUUAAAUAUUUCACACAAAAUUAAAAUCCGUCAUUUUACGCGUUAAUUGCAUCUGAAUGCUUCGAAACAUCUUCGGGAAACAGGAUACCAGCCCGCAAGACAACACCAUGGCGAACACCAUCACCAUCUCCCAGUUCAAGGAGACUUUGGGUCGCUACCCUAGUGUUCUGGCUGCCAAAUCUAGGGCUCGUACGUAUUUCCUUCUCUACCAUCUCCUCAGAAGAGGUGAGAGAUCGAUUGACCAUUACAAAUGCUGAUUCACCCAACAGCGAAAGAAGGAGCUCCUUCCAUUCAGGAGUUGGACAAGUUUCGAUAUAUCGAGGCCCCUUCACGCUUGUCAAAGAACUCCAAACGUGUCAUGACCAUUACGGAUAUCAAUAAACUCGUUCAAUGGAAGCUGUAAGUCAACUCACAUUUUUUACUCCUUUUUGCUUUUACACAUGCUUCCAGUCUAAGUUUACAUAACUUCUCAUGUUUGUCUUGGCGACAUACAAACAAAAAUGACAUAAUCUAUGCACUUUCCCCCUUUGAUCUGAAACGAUAGCUAAUCAUUCCACAGUAACCACGGAGCCUAUCGCCCAGGUCUCUCCAAACGUGUCGCAUCCAACACAGAUGAAAAGAUUGAAGAAGCCACCGAGGAUGGUUUCUCCCACUACGCCAAGAACCCCAAUGACAUCAAGGUAGUCAUCGAGAAGUUGUCUGCCUUGAACGGUAUUGGUCCGGCUACUGCUUCUCUUCUUCUUGCUAUUCAUGAUCCAGACAAUGUUAUCUUCUUCAGCGAUGAGGUCUAUUCUUGGUUGGUCAACAACGGCAAGAAAAGCACCCUCAAAUACACCAUCAAGGAAUUUGAGGAGGUCUACACGAAAGCCGAGGCUCUUCACCGAAGACUUGGUGUAAACUACAUUGAUAUCGAAAAGGUUGCAUUCGUUACCAUCAAGGAGAAUGAGCCCGUUCACGUCCCAAAACCAAAGAAGGAGCCAUCUGGUCUUCCACGAGGUCGCCCCAAGUUGGCUGAGGCCGACAAGAAGCCAAAGAAGGAACCUUCUGGACUCCCAAGAGGCCGUCCUCGCAACCCAGAGAGCAAUGCCAAGCCAAAGGCGACAGAAACACCAGGCAAGAGAGGACGAUCAGCUGGUGUCAAGGCAGAGGCGAAGAGCCCAGCGACCGCAAAGACCCCGGCAACACCAGCUUCUGGCAAGGGUCGAGGAAGACGAAAGAAGGUCGAAGCUGAGUUUGAUGCUGAGGGUGAGGUUGAUGAUACACCAGCGCCAAAGUCAUCUGCCAAGCGCAAGGCUGCUGAGGAUCCAACACCAAAGGGUAGAGGAAAGAAGGCCAAGGCUUAAGGAGUCUCUUUUUCUUUUUCCUUUUCCGGAAUAUUUGAGAUUUGGGUGGGGGAUUGCUUGGUUUGCUAUGGGUUCUUUGACUUUUUUAGGAGAAUUGGUGUACAUUAUUGAACAGGGAGGCACAAA